AUGCGCAAAUGGUUUAGUGGUAAAAUCCAACGUUGCCAUCGUUGGGCCCCCGGUUCGAUUCCGGGUUUGCGCAUUUUUUUUCAUAUUUUUAUAAUGAAUUUUACACUAGAAUCCACUUAG